GCUUGGAAUAACCUUUUUAAUGGAAGCGCCACACACGGAGGCGACGGACAUGAAAGUUAGAAAAUCUGGUAAAGCAUGGUCAUACAUGAUGCACAUAACCUCUCUUUCCCUUUUCUGUAUCUCCGUCUCCCAUAUUAUUACGAUCGUGACUGCCAACAAUGGAAAAUCGCCUUCCUCCACUCACACCUCCCAACUCACAAUUUUCUCUAAACCAAACUAACCCACCUUCUCUCUCUAGAACCUUUGCUUUUUCCCUUUUCUCACCAUUCAUCUCUCCCGCUCUCUCUUUUCACGACCCUGACAAAAACAUAUUCUCCAUCCUCCCUCUUUCUCUGUUCAAGAUAGGGACCAUAACACGGCCAACCCUCUCCAGCCAUGGCUGAUGCCACCAAGUACCUUCCCGUCGGUGGAGGGAACCUCAUCUCAGACCUUAUGAGCUUCCUUGCUUAUUUCAAGACCAGAAGAUCAGUGCCCUUCGCCUAUGGCUUCACGCUCGCUUUUGUUGCUUUCACUUUUUUCUUAGCUUUCUCUCCUUCCCCAAAUGCUUCUUCCCCUCCGUUCACCAAUAUAUUAACUUCAAGUUCUACGCCUGCUCCAUAUAAAUCUCAAUUCAAUUCCCUUUUCUCCUACUUCUUGCCCAAUAUUUCAUCUCCCGAUCAACCCCAAAGAUUCCCUCUCUAUAUCAACACCACUUCUAGAUCUAUUAAUGUCACUUCUUCAUCUCCUGUCUCAACUUCCAAACCAUCCUCUUCCAAAAACCACAGUCCUUUUAUUUCUUCCCAAAAUAAAUUUCCGGCCACGAAUCAGACCGCACUUCCCUCAUCUAAUUCUACUAAGACGUCAAGUAAUCGGACAUCAGUUUUGCCAGUGAAGCUGCCUCUCAUUGUGAAUAAGGAGCCAUCCGGCGCUGUCAAUCAUACUCGGAGUCCUGUGAGGUCUGAUGAAAGUAAAGCUGCGAAAGGAAAUCAAACCACAAAUGUCGCCGCCUCGCCAAAAGUUUUGGUGUCUCCUCCUCUUCAAAGUGUACCCGUGAGCCCCAAGAAGAAUUUGAGUUCAGUUGAGGGAGUGAAGGGUGUUGCAUCGAAUAAUUAUACGGCUUCCUUGGCGAAGAAGCAGAGCAAUUCUACUAUUCCGGGACAGAAGAAUGAGUUGAUUGAGUCUCUGAUGAAAUGUGAUUUAUUUGACGGGGAAUGGAUUAAGGAUGAUUCAUAUCCUCUUUACAAACCCGGUUCUUGCAGUCUGAUUGAUGAGCAGUUCGAUUGUAUUCAGAAUGGCAGGCCUGAUAAAGACUAUCUGAAAUACAAGUGGAAGCCUAAGGGUUGCAGUCUUCCGAGGUUGGACGGCCAUCGUCUUCUAAAUAUGCUGAGAGGGAAACGCUUGGUUUUUGUAGGCGAUUCCCUGAACAGGAAUAUGUGGGAAUCUCUAAUUUGCAUACUGAGACACUCUGUCGAGAAUAAAAGCAGAGUUUAUGAAGCAAACGGCAGGGUCCAAUUCCGAGGGGAAGCCUCCUAUUCUUUUGUAUUCGAAGAUUAUAACUUCACCGUAGAGCUUUUCGUAUCUCCAUUCUUAGUUCAGGAAUGGGAAACGGCGAACAAGAAUGGCUCAAAGAAGCAAACGCUUCGUCUGGAUCUGGUUGGGAAGUCUUCUGAUGAAUACAAAGACGCAGAUAUUAUGAUCUUCAACACUGGCCACUGGUGGACACAUGAAAAAACUUCGAGAGGGAAGGACUAUUACCAAGAAGGUAGCCAUGUCUAUGAGGAACUAAACGUUCUGGAGGCAUUUCGAAGAGCAAUAACGACAUGGAGCAGAUGGGUUGAUGCCAACGUGAAUCCAUCGAAGUCUAUGGUCUUGUUCAGAGGCUAUUCUGCUUCCCAUUUCAGUGGGGGGCAAUGGAAUUCUGGAGGGCAGUGUGACAGUGAAACGGUGCCAAUCGAGAACGAGAAAUACCUGACAGAAUACCCAGCAAAGCUGAGGGUUCUGGAAAAUGUGAUCAGAUACAUGAAAACGCAUGUGACGUAUCUGAAUGUUACGAGAAUGACGGAUUUUCGAAAGGAUGGUCAUCCGUCCAUUUAUAGGAAGCAAAACCUAUCGCCAGAGGAAAGGAGAUCACCAUUAAGAUUUCAGGACUGCAGUCACUGGUGCCUUCCCGGCGUUCCUGAUACUUGGAAUGAGAUUCUCUAUGCCGAGCUUCUAAUCAGACAAUAUCAGAAUCAGAAACACAACAAUAGAUCUUAGGUUUAUCCGCCAAAUGCAUAUUUAUAUUCGAUGAGUUGAGCUUGUGCAGAGACAGAUACAAUACAUUGGGCUUUGGUCCUAUCUGUUUCCUGGCCAUGGUAUAGCGAUAGGCUGCUGCUUCUUUCUUUUUGUGAUGUUGAAAAAUGAUUAUGUUACGUGAAUGUUAGAAUAUAGCAGAGGUAAUAGUUGAUGAGGAAAGAGGAGACCCCAGUGGGGUGUCUUCUCGGGUCAUUGUAAAUUAAUAAUCCCUCUCAAUUCUACGCACCUACUUAAGACGGUACUGUAAAGAUUGAGAAUGAUGCUGUUUUAAAUUCAAAUUAUUCUGUGAAAA